UAUGUAUUUGUAUUUAGUGUUUAAUAAGAUUUCGGUGUGUGUGAUACGAAUAGAGCGGCACGACGUUAGUGCAGUACCGACAAAUUAUUAUUUGUUAACAUUUUUUCUUGCAAUAGCUAUUAGUCUAAAAAUUUGUUGUUACCAUUUAUUUUAGAAUCUUUAGAAAACUCUGGUACUUCCUAAUAUGACUAGAUCAAAGAUAGAGUUAGGAGAUGUAACCCCACACAAUAUAAAACAACUAAAGCUUCUUAAUCAAGUGGUAUUUCCUGUCUCUUACAAUGAGAAAUUUUACAAGGAUGUGUUAGAAGCUGGAGAACUAGCAAAACUUGCCUAUUAUAAUGAUAUAGUGGUUGGAGCGGUUUGUUGUCGAGUAGAUACCUCAGAGAAUUCUAGGCGCUUAUAUAUUAUGACGUUGGGAUGUCUUUAUCCCUAUAGAAGAUUAGGAAUUGGUACUGUAAUGGUACAACAUGUUUUAAACUAUGUCAACAAAGAUGGAAACUUUGAUUCAAUUUUCCUUCAUGUUCAAAUAAGUAAUGAGGGAGCUAUCGAUUUUUAUAAAAAAUUUGGAUUUGAAAUAGUAGAGACAAAGGAACACUAUUAUAAGAGAAUAGAACCUGCAGAUGCACAUGUACUACAAAAAACAUUA